AUGCAACAUCCCCACGGCUACAGCGCUGCGCGCGCCGUCUAUGACGCCCUCGAACUCCGCUUUGCCGUCUAUGACCUAAUCGACCGGACCACCCUGGUGACCUGCAUGAGGCUACACAAGGGUGGUAUGCUGGCUGUGGCGAAGUGUUUGUAUGGGGAGGUGCACAUCACACGCAUGCAAGGUAUGAAUCGCAAAUCCCUCUUUCAUCAGAUUUAUCUGGACUCGGUGCGCAUUCUUGACCGGUCAUGCGACAAGCCAAGACCCGACGAGUUCCAGCUCGAGCCCCCCUCCAUCCGCUUCUCUGCUGGGUCCGCGCUGCGUCAGCUAGCGACCUUACGCCGCAGAUUCCCUUCCCUCCGUAGCGUACUCUAUCAAGAGACGGCUCAUGACUCUGACGACGCCUUUGACAUCCACAUCAUUGGCGAUACCAUCCACAUCCAUCUCGAAAGUCGCCUCACUACGGACAUCUUCUUUCCCCCGCCACUGUCAGCCACCGGGCGCCGCAACUUCCCCACCACUCCCAACUACCCUGGCGUCGUCCUCCACCAUACAAUCUCCCUGAGGGUCGAGAAUCAGAUCGGGAAGGGAGAUGAGACAGCCUCUCGCGAGACCGAGUGGCGCUCUUGGCUCUACGGGGACGUACGUCUCGACGCACGCGUGCGAGAGUUGCGGCUGGCCACAGCUUUAACUCCGGACUUUGCCAACAUCACCACGUUACUCGGGCGCCUCAGUGCCACUUUCGAGCACAAUGUCCUCGAACUUCACAUCGUCAUCACCGAUGCCCACUAUGGUGUGCCGGGCCCCAUUCAUAUACAGCCCGUGCCUGUCCUUCUCCAGGCAGAUCCGGAUCUUCGGCGGAUCGAUAUUCGCAUGCCCGGACACAUCUUCUUCGGUCGGGGCAGUGCGAGGACCCAAGACGUCCUUGAUAUCCUAGAUGCCCAAGUCCCGACUCUUGAGCAUCUCAGCAUCCACCCCGACCCCAAGUCCGCCUAUAAAUUCCGGUGCAUCGACACGGUAUGGGCCGACAGACAGUCCCCUCGCGCCUACGCGCCGAGGCUACGUUCGCUCGUCAGCUUCGCUUUCACGCUUCAUAACCACUAUAUCGACGCUCAGCUGGUCGAGCUUCUGAGUUGGGUGGGGAAGGAUGCGUGCGUGUACUAUGAUGGCAUUAGUCAUCUCGCAGGGGCACUCAACGUGGCGGUAAGGACUGUGAAGGCCGAGUUACGAGGUUAG